AGGCCGGCGCGGCGGCGGGAGAGCCCAGGACCAUUCUUCUGCGUCUUGGUGUCACCGGUGCUCCGCGCAGUGGGGCUGGCUCCAUGUUUGCGGAACGAAUGAAUCAUUACUCUCCUUGUCCCCUAACGAAGGAGGACUUUUUGAGGUCCACGUGCUGCAGAGCACGUUGGGGGGGGGGCCUCCCGAGCCAGGGCUGUCCAGUCCUACAUAGCAGAGACCCGACUCUCUCUCGUUUCCCCACCUCCUCUCUACACUCGGUUCUGGGGGAUGCUCCCUUCAGUUUGGGAUGCGGGGGAGGUGGGGAAGGAGGGAGCUUGGAAGCCCAGACAGGUGCUUGUGAAGGACAAGAGAUUUGAGUAGAGCCUCUUAGAAGGUGACAGGGCGCGGGGGACGCUGCAGGAGAGCGAGCACCCUCCGUCAGGCAGGGGCCACUUCGUACCUUUGAGACCAGCCUGGAAAGGCCACCAGAGUGUGGAUUCUGACCUGCAAGCCGCUAACUCCUCCCAGCCUCUGCUUCUUCAUCAGUAAAAUGGGGAUAUUAGCAUCCAUGCUUCAGGGCUUUGUGCACAUUAAGAAAAGUGUCAUAUGAAACCACCUGGCGUAAUGCUUGGCACAUCCAGGCUACUAGCAAAUCUUAGUUUUCUUUCUUUGCUCUCUGAAAAACAAAAUGAGCAGAGACUUAUUUGUUCCCAUGUCCUCUGUCCCCAAAUUGGCCACGGACCAGCAGGUGUGCAAGCAGUGUUUGUUGAAUGAAUAUACUCCAUGGAGCUGCUACACCGCUUACCCUCCUUCUCCCAGAAUCCGCAGGCAGAGCCCUGGAGCUGACCAGCACAGACAUGCCCGUGCUGUCCGAGGACUCCGGUUUGCAUGAAACCCUGGCACUGUUGACUUCUCAGCUGAGACCUGACUCCAACCACAAGGAAGAAAUGGGCUUCCUGAGGGAUGUUUUCAGUGAGAAAAGCCUCAGUUAUUUAAUGAAGAUUCACGAGAAGCUUCGCUAUUACGAGAGGCAAAGUCCAACUCCUGUUCUACACAGCGCUAUGGCUCUUGCUGAGGAUGUGAUGGAGGAGCUGCAGGCCGCUUCUGUGCACAGCGACGAGAGGGAGCUGCUCCAGCUGCUGUCCACCCCCCACCUCAGGGCCAUGCUCAUGGUACACGAUACAGUGGCCCAAAAGAAUUUUGACCCUGUUCUUCCCCCUCUGCCUGAUAACAUUGAUGAGGAUUUUGAUGAGGAAUCAGUGAAGAUAGUCCGCCUGGUGAAGAACAAGGAACCCCUGGGUGCCACCAUCCGGCGGGAUGAGCACUCAGGGGCUGUGGUAGUGGCCCGAAUCAUGCGAGGGGGCGCAGCUGACCGGAGUGGUCUGGUCCACGUUGGAGAUGAGCUCCGAGAAGUGAAUGGGAUCGCGGUCCUGCAUAAGCGCCCAGACGAAAUCAGCCAGAUACUGGCGCAGUCCCAGGGAUCCAUUACCCUGAAGAUCAUCCCAGCCACCCAAGAGGAAGACCGGUUAAAGGACAGCAAGGUGUUCAUGCGUGCCCUCUUCCACUACAACCCGCGGGAGGACCGGGCCAUCCCCUGCCAGGAGGCAGGCCUGCCCUUCCAGCGCAGGCAGGUCCUGGAGGUGGUGAGCCAGGACGAUCCCACAUGGUGGCAAGCCAAACGAGUAGGUGACACCAACCUCCGAGCUGGCCUCAUCCCCUCCAAGCAGUUCCAGGAAAGGCGACUAAGCUACCGGAGAGCUACCGGCACCCUGCCAAGCCCCCAGAACCUCAGGAAGCCUCCUUAUGAUCAGCCUUGUGACAAAGAGGCCUGUGACUGUGAGGGGUACCUCAAAGGACACUAUGUAGCUGGCCUUCGGAGAAGCUUCCGACUGGGCCGAAGGGAAAGACUGGGAAGCCCCCAGGAAGGAAAGUCGUCUGUAGUGGCCGAGUCUCCAGAGCUGCUGACUUAUGAGGAGGUAACCAGGUACCAGCACCAGCCUGGUGAACGGCCACGCCUGGUGGUUCUGAUUGGAUCUCUGGGAGCCCGACUGCAUGAGCUGAAGCAGAAGAUGGUGGCAGAGAACCCACAGCACUUUGGUGUUGCUGUUCCACAUACCACCAGGCCCAGAAAGAGCCAUGAGAAGGAAGGGGUCGAAUAUCACUUCGUCUCUAAGCAAGCAUUCGAGGCCGACUUACAUCACAACAAGUUCCUGGAGCAUGGUGAAUAUAAGGAAAAUCUCUAUGGAACCAGCCUGGAUGCCAUUCAGUCUGUGAUGGCCAAAAACAAAGUGUGUUUGGUGGACGUGGAACCGGACGCACUGCAGCAACUGAGGACCGCAGAGUUCAAGCCCUAUGUUAUAUUUGUAAAGCCCGCAAUUCAGGAAAAGAGGAAGACGCCACCCGUGUCCCCAACUUGUGAGGACACAGCAACACCACUUGAUGAGGAGCAGCAAGAGAUGGCUGCCUCCGCUGCCUUCAUAGACCAGUACUACGGGCACCUGGUGGACUCUGUGCUGGUGAAGCAGGACCUCCAGAGUGCACACAGCCAGCUCAGAGCGCUAUUGGAGAAGCUGAGCAAGGACACUCACUGGGUACCUGUUAGUUGGGUCAGGUAACUGCAUCCUAGAACAUCUGGGUUGGAGGGGACCUGGAAGAUCACCUAGUCCAGCCUCCCCCAUGCUACCAUCAAGGAAUCUCAUAUGGAGAGGAGCAGAAUUUUCCAUAAACCCCACUGUCAAGAAGAAUAUAUGUGUGAAGUCUC